AUGCCUUUCCGACCUGUAGCCACUUGUGGCACUGUCUGCAUCCGAAGAGUCGGGUCAUCAGGCUUUGGAAAAGAAGAAUAUAUUGCCACUUUCAAGGGAUCUGAAUACUUCUGCUACGACUUGUCUCAAAACCCCAUCCAAAGCAGCAGCGAUGAAAUAACUCUGUCCUUUAAAACUCUUCAGAGGAAUGGACUGAUGCUUCACACCGGGAAAUCGGCUGAUUAUGUCAAUCUUGCCCUGAAAAAUGGAGCUGUUUCUCUGGUCAUUAAUUUGGGAUCAGGGGCCUUUGAAGCACUAGUGGAGCCCGUGAAUGGAAAGUUUAAUGAUAAUGCCUGGCAUGAUGUGAAAGUCACCAGGAAUCUGCGUCAGGUGACAAUAUCAGUGGAUGGGAUUCUUACCACAACGGGCUACACGCAAGAAGAUUAUACCAUGCUGGGGUCUGAUGACUUUUUCUAUGUUGGAGGCAGUCCCAGCACAGCAGACCUUCCAGGGUCACCAGUCAGUAACAACUUUAUGGGCUGUCUCAAAGAGGUUGUAUAUAAAAAUAAUGAUGUAAGACUGGAAUUAUCUCGUCUUGCCAAACAAGGAGACCCUAAGAUGAAGAUCCAUGGAGUGGUAGCAUUUAAAUGUGAGAAUGUUGCAACUUUGGACCCAAUCACCUUUGAAACCCCAGAGUCUUUCAUCUCUUUGCCUAAAUGGAACGCAAAGAAAACAGGCUCCAUAUCAUUUGAUUUCCGUACAACAGAGCCAAAUGGCCUCAUCUUAUUUAGCCAUGGCAAGCCAAGACACCAAAAAGAUGCCAAGCACCCUCAGAUGAUAAAGGUUGACUUCUUUGCUAUUGAGAUGCUGGAUGGCCAUCUCUACCUCCUCCUGGACAUGGGGUCAGGUACAAUAAAAAUCAAAGCCCUACAGAAGAAGGUGAAUGAUGGAGAAUGGUAUCAUGUGGACUUCCAGAGAGAUGGACGGUCAGGUAAUUUAUCAUUUCUUCUAACCUGUUUAUCUGCUGGAACAUGCUAUUUACCCCUUGCCACUCCAAAGGAAUUAAAACCAAGAUAUAUUAAGAUUUCCUGCAUUUCUGUCUUUAGGGUAAAGGAAAUUUUCUGUUUUUAUUUCUGUUUCAUAUCAUAUAAGAACCAGAAGGAGCUAAUUAAUCGUUACAGUUGGGCAUCAAACCCCAAAUGCUCAAAUGGCUUCUGGAAUCACUUCUCAAAUGAACAUUUAUUGGAUAAUCAAGUGCCAAAUCUUGCAAGACAUUUUAUCUUGAAUUUGAAAAUGACAAAAUUCAGGGUUCCUGUAUUAUCAAUUAUUGCUUAUAUCAUUGGAUGUUUGGAGGUGCCUGAAGUGGCAAAUACAAAAUAUGAAAAAAAGAAAAUUCAGCAAUCCACAUAUAAAUUCCUUAGUGUAAUUUUUAGUCCUUAUUUUAACUUUUGUCUAAGUUGGGUCUGUGGUAUCAAAAACACUUUAAUCAAUGCAGUAGGAUUUCAAGAACACUGGCAAAACUCUGUUGACUUCCAAAUAGCUUCCCUUUCUAAUGUUUGA